AUGAAAUUCGAUUUGAUGAAUAUCUACUUCCUUUUAGUGUUUUUUUUUUUUUUAAAACAAUAUGAUUUUUUGAAUAUUUCAAAGAAAUAUACUUAUAAUUUUCUUAACGGAAAUAUUAUUAGAAAAAAAGAAAAAUACAAUUUUAAAAAUUUAAAAUGUAAAGUUGAAGGUAUCGAAUAUAAAGUUCAGGAUGUAGACAAUUCAGUAAAUUUUUAUAAUAAUGUGUUGGGUUUUCAAGUAGCAGAAAAGGGGGAUAAUUAUGCUAAGCUCAUUUUAGGAAAUAAUGAAGCAUAUAUUAAAUUGAUAAAAAAUGAACAGGACAAUUUUAUUAUAGGAGAGCAUUCAUUCCUAGGGUUAGGAAUACAUUUAAAAGAAUUCGAUUUAAAAAAAGUUCAUAAGUAUAAAGGACAGGUUGAGGAAGAAUUGGAUAAAAGGCCAGUCACUGCUUGCAUAUUGCCAGAUGAAGAUGCCCAAGUGCGACGAUUUUGGACAAACUGUUUUAUAACAGAUCCCGAUGGAUAUGGUAUAGAAGUGGUAUUACAGGAUGAGGUUCCGAAAUUAAAUAGGAUCCGUCUUUAUACAACAUCGACAAAAGACUCUCAGAAGUUUUACUCCGACAUUUUGGGAAUGGAUUUAGUGAAAAUCCAAAGUCAUCUAGAAGAAAUAUCAUACCCUUGGAAUAUUUAUGGUGGUAUGAGCUAUUAUUUUUCGAAUGAAAAUAAUUCAACCAUACUUCAAUUAGCUUAUGCAUAUGAUGAAAACAAACUACACAUGGGAAAUUCUUUAGGCAAUUUAAUUUUGAGCUUCCAAGAUUUAAAUUCCCUUGAAAAAAAACUAAAGGAAAACGAUAUAGAAAUUGUUAAGUCGAAUGGGGAAAUUAUAGUGAAAGAUUUUGAUGGGUAUAAUAUUUGUUUAAAGCAGAUUACAUAA